CAACGCAGACGCCCGUACCGACCACGGCUACACGGCAGACGACGAGUACGAGGAGCGGACGGUCAAGCAGAUGCUGCGCAGCCUGCAGAAGCAGGUCACGACUAUGUCCCGCAAUCUCUCGGCCAAGCUGGACAGCAUCCAAGCGGAUCGCUACAUGGAGACCAGCGCCCAACUAAAGGUCAUCCGGUCACAGCUCAGGGACCUCACCAGCUCGGUGGUGUCGUGCCAAACGGAGGUGACGGAGGUGAGGAAGGACGUGCACAUGAUCCGACACGAGAUCGAUCAGCUGCAGAGCGCCAAAGACGAGAUGGAGGAGCUGCGCGACUGCGUGGAGCGGCUGGAAGAGGAGCAGCGGCGCAGGAAAGCCCGCUCCAUAGACCAGGGCCUGACGCUGUUCCUGGUGUCGGCCAUUUUCUCGGCCGUGCUGGGCAUGUUCCAGUUCGGCUACAACACCGGCGUCAUCAACGCCCCUCAGCACAUCAUCGAGGAUUUCAUAAAGAACGUGUGGCGGACCCGGUACGGCACGACGAUACAGAGCUCGACGCUCGACUUCGUGUGGUCGGUGGCCGUGUCCAUAUUCGCCAUCGGGGGCAUGGUCGGCGGCUUCUCAGGGGCCUACAUUGCCAACCGGUUCGGCAGGAAGGGCGGCCUGCUGCUGAACGACCUCGUCGGCAUUGUGGGCGCCGGCCUGAUGGGACUCAGCCACCUCUCCUCGUCGUUCGAGAUGCUCAUCAUCGGCCGACUUGUGAUCGGCUACAACUGCGGCCUGAGCACGUCGCUGGUGCCCAUGUACGUGUCGGAGAUAGCGCCGGUGAACCUGCGCGGCGGCGUCGGCAUCGUCAACCAGCUGGCGGUCACCAUCGGCCUCCUGCUGUCUCAGGUGCUCGGUCUGACUCAGCUGCUUGGCACGGACGACGGCUGGCCCCUGCUGCUAGGGCUGGCCGUCUGCCCGUCGGCGCUGCAGCUGGUGCUGCUCCCCAUGUGUCCCGAGUCGCCGCGCUACCUGCUCAUCACCAAACAGAAGGAGCAGGAGGCACGCAAAGCGCUGCGUCAGCUGCGUCACUGCAACAACAUCGAGGACGACGUGGAGGAGAUGAAGACGGAGGAGCGGGCGCAGCAGGCCGAAGCGCGCUUCACCAUGCUGCAGCUGGUCAAGUCGCCGGCGCUGCGCAGUCCCCUCAUCAUCGCCAUCGUGAUGCAGCUGUCACAGCAGCUCAGUGGCAUCAACGCGGUGUUCUACUACUCGACGGACAUCUUCGUCGACGCGCACCUGUCGGCGCAGGGUGCCAGCUACGCCACCAUGGGCGUGGGCGUCGUCAUGGUCCUGAUGACCGUCGUCUCCAUCCUCCUGAUCGAGCGCGAGGGCCGGCGUACGCUCCACCUGUGGGGCCUCGGCGGCAUGUUCUUCUUCUCCGUCUUCAUCACCAUCUCGUUCCUGGUGAAGCAGAUGAUCUCGUGGGUCUCCUACCUAGCGGUCAUCUGCACGUUCGGCUUCGUCGUGUUCUUCGCCGUCGGGCCCGGCUCCAUCCCGUGGAUGAUCACGGCCGAGCUGUUCUCACAAGGACCGCGACCGGCUGCCAUGAGUAUCGCCGUGCUCAUCAACUGGCUCUGCAACUUCAUCGUCGGCAUCGCCUUCCUGCCGAUGAAGAACCUUCUCGAAGACUACACAUUCCUGCCAUUCUCGCUGCUCUUGGCCAUCUUCUGGGGCUUUACCUUCAAGCGUGUGCCAGAGACCAAGGGCAAGACUUUCGAGGAAAUAGCCGCGCUUUUCCGCCAAGCUCAGUCGCUGCCCAGUGGAACUGAGCCCAUUCUCGAAGAGCCCGGCUACGGGAGUGUCGGCAAUGGCUCGCACGCUGUGGUCUAUGACGAGCUGCCCAUGAUCGGAGCUCGGUACAUCGCACCAUGUAAGCCGGCUGUGUCCUCCUGACCGGCUGCCGCCUGGCUGUUGUUACUAGACUCGCCGGAUCGCGGCUCUGUCCGCCCGGCCGGUGUCCUCGAGGUGUCGGUGUCGCAUGCAGUCGCAGCCCGCCAGUGUGCCUGGGAGGUCUCCCGCAUCUCACUCCGAUGCGGCUGUUGGUCCAACGCUGGCCGCCGAAGCCCAAGUCUGCAGUUUACUCCCGUCUGCAUGCCUUCCCCGUCCGAGUCUCCAGCCAAGUAGUCCGAAUGCGCCAGCCCAGAAACGUGGCUGCUCGGGGUGGUUGACGCUGCCUGAAAACUACCUUCCUGGCCGUGUCAAGGUAGCUUCCACACACGAACGUCUGGUUGCAUGCCAUUCCGCUCUGUCUCCCUGCCAAUCAUGGCCUGAGUGUGCCGCCUCAUGCGUGCUGCGCGCCUGCGGUGCCCGGCUGCCCGUCUGAAAGCGUUGUGGCUGGCCCGUGUGGCCGUCUUUGCUACCAACGGAACGGCGGCUCUGUUGGUCGGGGGUCGGCGUCGAAGACGUCGGACAUCAGGAAGUGCUGGGCUUCCGGUCGGAUGCAGCGCAGUCAGUCCUGGCGGUACUGGACGACUGAACUGAACUGGACGACUGGACACGGACUGGGGGGACGGGGCGAUUACGUUGAAAUUGCACAUACGCUGAACAUGUUUUUGUAGCGCGCAGACACAGAAGACUCAUUUGCUACAUGGACGACUGCGUGCCCUCAGGUGGACUUUUGCAAUAUGUAGAUUUGAGUCAAAACGUUCCCGUAGUUCGUGCAUAUUUUUGUCCGAGAGCGCAGAUGACACGGGUUACACGGCUUAACGGUUUACCAUCUGAUAAUUUCUAAAGUCAGUUCGCGUGUCAUGGCUGGAAUCGUCUGGGCUCUGCUUAUCACAUUUUGUGCGUCAGUCUAAACCUGGCCAGUGUCUGAACCCGAGUACCAGUAACUCGUGGGUAGCUGUAUGUUCAGUUCUGAAUAUAUAUCAAAAUAUUAUCAGCCUCUAUGUCGAUCACCGACUUUUUUCCGUUGAAAAAUUGAAUACUGUAACGCCCAGAACGUCAGACAGACAUCUGAGGAAAAAUCGCGUUCAUCUCACGUGGUCACAUAAGCCACAUCUUGGGCUCUCGGGUGCAGGAUGUAUGGACAUACAUGGCCGCGGUGCGAUGACGUAGCUCGACAGGUUUUUUCUAUUUGAUAUCUGUUUAGGGAUGAGCAUAACGUCAUUACACCACUGCAACAGUUUCUCGUCGUAACACGACACGAUCUGAUCAAUGAGAUCGCCUGCGGCGGGGAGUGCGCUCAGGUAUGCUGUUCAAUCGAAUGUCACACUUGUUCGCGCGUAUCCGCCGCCGCGUCACUACUUCUAGGCAUAUGGUGGCGGAGCUUCCCCAAAGGUUUUGUGAUGCAUGAGAUAAGCACGUAUUUAGAGGAAAAUGUCAUGGUCUAAGAAUCAUUUUAUGGGUUUGCAACAAUUUUUUCCCAGGCUGCAUUUCUUCCCAUUUUUUUCAGACCAUAGAGGUGUAAGUUGAGCCUUUUUUUGUUGGCCUUAUUGAUUGAAUGGAAAAAAUUGGAAUUUUUUGGGGAAAAAAAAAUCAACAACAAAAAAUUGAAAAAAUUGGAAAAAUUGACCUAAGGGUCUGCAUAUAUAAAAUUUUAGACCCCUUUGUAAGUUAGGCCUCCACGUCAUUGGUGAUAAGUACAAUCUACCCAUCCUAGCUUGAGCAACGCAUGGAAGUUAGCAUUCCUUCGCAAUAUCAUUGAAUUAACAUCAUCCAUUCCACCGUCUUUCGAGUGGUUUUGUGGGGAACGGUGUAGCGAUAAGAUCUCGGUCUGGUCUGUCUCCGUGGAUUGUCUCCGAUAGCACAGUACAUUCUGAGUUUGUGUGCGUAGGAUCGGUAGCGUCCUGGACUUCCCGCCGGCACUCGGAAGCAAUGUUGUGGAGUGGCGGACGGCAGCGGACCAGACUGGACUACAUAGACGUUAGCAUUAGACUAAACGUUAGAUACGAUGCCGUGUCAGGAGAUACGAAGUCGUGACAAGGGAUGCGAGCAAAGGAACCCGCGAUGUCUCGUGACAGGAUUCACACCUGUUUCGCUCCCGUCCUGCACCCCGCCGCAAACGACAGUCGGCCCGGUAGCCGGCACCGCGCGGCGACGCGGACCCGUUGGCGGCGACGCCCCUGAUGUGUCGCCCCGUGCGGUCGGACCGGGGCGCGGAGCCGGACCGUCGCACUGCUCUGUCCGUGCCGGCGCAUGCGAAGCUGGACGCCUAUCGGCAUAUUUUCGGUACAUUGCCGUGGUUGGUUUGUGGACAGCCGCCGACAUGGUUGCCUGCCUGGCACUUGCCACGGAAACCCAGCCGUCCAAAAUCUGGGUGGUUCUCAAUGUGGGAAGAGACGAUCCGGGAAUGAUGUGGAGAGACUGGGCCCAUCAGUUCCGUUCUUGUUAGGCACGUGGAGAGCUGCGGCACUUCCUCUUGAUCCAGGACAGCAUUUUUGAGCGCUGUUUCUUCCCGCCAGCAAUGUAUAUGCAGAGAUUCAACAUGAGCCAUAUAGCAGCCCAGUACGCUGUGGCGGUAUCAGCAUUUCCGCAGUACGUCAGGCCGUAGUCUUAAGCCGUUGCCGCUGGCUGAAGCAAAAAGUGCUAAGGCGAUCUUGCCUCUGCUCGACGCAUUUGCUGGAGUGGACAGUCCACAAGUGCUCCCCGGAGUUCCUUUUUUAGCCCGUUUUGGAGAACAAACUUGCUUCCAUUGAAAAAGCAGUCCUAAGCUGUAGCUGUUUCCAAAUGUCCAACCGGUUAUAAUCUGCCGCAGUCCAUGCGUUUUACGAGAACCACGUAGAACAGUCCGGUGGUGAAUCCGUGGGAUGCUUUCAACAUGCUGUUGGACCGACCGUUUGGUGACACACGUGAGUGGCGGUGACGAAGGAUGACGCGAUAAGGCCUGGCGAGUGUGGAGAGACUACAUGGAGAUGCCUACAAUUAUGUGCGUUGUAUUGUCACGAAGUACCUUGAUCGUUUGUAAACAAAUGCCAACAUGAAGGGAAUGACUCACAUUUGUCGCUGACAUGGUGGUACCGCAUUCUUUGGUGUGGUGCCGCUGUCAGGGCCGGUACGUAAUUCUUCGAUGAUUUAUUUUCAUACGUGUUGUAAUGCAUGAUGCGGAGUCGCCUGGAUGUGCGCUAUCAACGAGAUCUGUGCACUGAUGUGUAUUAUGUGUAGAUUUCAUUCAUUUAUAAUAGUGUUGUUGUCGCUUGACGUGCGCGGGUACUUGAUUGAUCUUCGUUUUAAUAAAGU